AUGAAGCUGCUGAAGAACCAUAUCAACUCCCAUGAUGGAACGGGCGAGGUGACGCUCCUGCCCGAGCAAGAGGAAGACAUGUGGGAGGCCUACAAUCUUAUUCAAAUUGGUGACGCCAUCCGCGCCACGACCAUGCGGAAAGUUGUUCGAGAAGGACAGACUGGCUCGGUCACCAGCCAAAAGGUGACCUUGACCCUCUGUAUUCAGGUCCUCGAUGUCGAGUUUGACACGGAGGCCUGCAGCCUGCGCGUCAAGGGUCGCAAUAUUGAAGAGAACAAGCACGUCAAGCGCGGACAACACCACACCAUCGACAUGGAACUUAACCGCAAGUUUACCCUCAUCAAACCCGAGUGGGACAGCCUAGCCAUCGAGCGCCUCCGCACAAUGACGGAUGAAACCCAGCGUGCCGAUGUAGCUGCCAUUGUCCUGAACACGGGCCAAGCCACCGUGUGUCUUCUGGGCACCAACCUGACGCUUGUGCGUCAGCGCAUCGAAGUCUCCAUCCCGAAAAAGCGUGUGAUGAAUGAGUCUCAGCGCCAGAAGGCCGUUGACAAGUUAUAUCACCAGAUCAUCGAGGCCAUUCAUCGCCACAUUCGCUUUGAUGUCGUCAAACUAGUCAUUGUUGCUUCUCCAGGAUUUCAUCGCGAGGAGUUUCUGGCCUAUACCAAGAGUUAUCUCACCCGUCACGAUGACGCAGUCUUGCGCGACAAUAUGCACAAAUUUUUGGCUGUUCACACCUCUACUGGAGAUCUUGGUGGUCUGAAAGAGGCACUGGCAUCCCCCGCCAUUGCCAAUCAAAUGGCCAACACCAAGGCUGUGUCGGAAGUUGCAGCCUUGGAUCGCUUUCACAAGAUGCUGGCCGAGGACGAGAACCGCGCCGUGUAUGGCUGGGCGCAUGUGGCGGCUGCCUGCGACGCCCUCGCCAUUGACACCUUGCUCCUCUCUGACACGCUCUUAAGAUCGCGUGAUGUGGGUGUGCGAAAGCAGUACGUCAACCUGGUCGAGACCGUCAAGGACCAAGGCGGGACCGUCAGGAUAUUCUCAAGCAUGCACGUGUCUGGCCAGCAACUUGACAACAUCACGGGUGUGGCCGCUGUGCUGCGGUUUCCCAUGCCCAAUCUGUUCCAAGACGAUGUGGAGGAUCAGGACGACGACGACAACGAGGACUUUUUCAAGUAG